AUGUCCUCGAGCAAGUCACAGCUGGGAAGCCUCGGUAUACAAGCGCCUGUUUUGCAUCCACAAAUAGUUCAUGUUUCUGCGACCACAUGCAAUGAUAUGUCGUUGUUCAAAGACCUUUUGAGGGAAUAUCGGAGACUGGAUGACACGAUAACCAUGCGAUUGAACCGUGCGAAUGCCGUUAUGCGUGACAGAGCUAGAGAACAGUCUGCUCGACCGGGUCAAGGAACAGUCCAGGACCAAGCAUGCUCGUAUUUGUGGCAGGAACUAAUGGCGAAUUGGAAUCGUCGCACACAACUCGUCCAAUACUGCGUUGAUGUCGUAGACAAAUCGUUACAGGACAAAAAGAAUAUCGUUCAGGACGACGCGUCGAGCCCGGCAGAACAACGGAAAGCACAAGCUGAAAUGUACACUGACAAAGUCAAGCGGACGCAGAUACAUCAAGAAUUCACUAUCGAAGCCAUUGUACGGAAGCGCUCAGUCGACGCAUUUCGUUCCCGGUGUAAGUAUUUCGAACCACCAGCAACUGACGAGGAGGGUCGGAAAAUGUGGUUCGGUUGA